AUGGAAGUGGAAGAAAUGGGCAGGAAGGCAAAGGUCAUCAGUGCUGCUAAUAUGAUAGACCUCUGGUCUCAAGGUUUUGGAGGCCACUGUACUGCUUAUGUCCAGCUGGCCUUUAUCACUUCUUGUCUGUCUAUUUUUGUGGGAGGCAUCAUUAUCAUCAUGGUGGUCAGGGUAAUCCGAAACAUAUUACAUUACUGCUGCUUUAGAUACUCCAUCCAAUUUCAGCUGUUUAAUAAGAUGCCCUUGCUGACGUUCUGGAAAGGACAUCUUCAAGACUGGGUGCUAAUGAUGAUCUCAGCUCAGACUUCUGUAGGCCGUAUUCUGGUAAUACUGGUGUUCCUGUUUAGUAUUGGGUCGCUCAUCAUUUACUUCAUCAACUGUUACAGUGUUGAAGAGUUUUGUCUCUCCUUUGAUGACCCGACAGUUACAAUUGAUCUAUUCUUUAAUAUAUUUUUCCUCAUUUACUUUGGAUUGCGGUUUUUGGCAGCAAGUGACAAGCUAAAAUUUUGGCUGGAACUUAAUUCCAUUGUGGAUUUCUUCACCAUAACUCCAGUCUGUAUAGCCUUCUAUUUAGGAAGAAAUUGGCUUGGUUUACGCUUCCUAAGAGCACUGAGAUUGAUGGAACUUCCCAAAAUAUUACAGUUCCUCCAAGUCACCACUAGUGGUACUGCCAUCAAGUUGUCUAAACUACUAGCUGCAUUUGUCAGUACAUGGCUCACAGCUGCAGGAUUUCUUUACUGGAUCGAGAAUUCUGGAGAUCCCUGGGUAUAUCAAAGCAAUCAUCAAAGCUUGACUUACUUUGAAUGCUUAUAUUUGAUCAUGGUAACUAUGUCUACAGUUGGAUAUGGAGAUGUAGUGGUCAAAACCACCUUAGGACGUGUGUUCAUACUUUUCUUCAUUGUUGGUGGUCUGAUCCUCUUUGCAACUUUGGUGCCUGAAAUGGUAGACAUUGUUGGAAGUAGAAAACUCUACAUGGGUUCCUACAUAUCUGUGAAAGGCAGAAAAUUUAUUGUCGUUUGUGGCAACAUCACUCUGCACAGCGUAACUGCUUUCUUAAGUGACUUCAUAGCUCAGAUCAGAGGAGAAGCUGCAACUGAGAUUGUCUUUUUGGGAGAAAAUCCCCCUCCUCUGGAACUAGAAACUGUAUUCAGAUGUUAUUCUGCAUAUGCCAGUUUUUUCCAAGGUUCUGUCACAAAUAUUAAGGAUCUUCUGAGAGUUAAGAUGGGUAGUGCUGAAGCAUGCCUCAUUUUAGCUGAUAUAUGUUCUGCCCAACCUUAUGUGGAGGAUACCUCCAACAUCAUGAGGGUACUGUCUAUCAAGAAUAAUUUUCCAAACACCAGAGUUAUAAUACAAAUCAUCCAGUCUUCUAAUAAGGUUUAUUUGCCAAAGCUCCCUGGAUGGGACUGGAGAAGAGGAGAUAGUAUCAUCUGCUUUGCUGAGCUCAAGCUUGGGUUAAUAGCCCAGAGUUGUGUGGUGCCAGGUUUGAUCACAUUGUUGACCAGUCUGUUCAUUAGAGAAGAUACUCAGUAAUAAUUGUUUUUGUUACAGGAUAUGGAUGUUUUGAUUAAGCACCAGCAUGAAAUAGAAGGCCAUAACUAUAAAGUGAUGACUCAGCUUCUUUCCAAUGAUUUUUCAGGCAUGUCCUUCAAAGAAGUUUGCCGACUGUGCUUUCUGAAGCUGGAUCUCAUACUUCUUGCUAUUGAGUUUCGAUCUGGCAAUCAAGGAAACAGCAUCCUGAUCAACCCACCUUCCAUAAUUAAACUCCAUUACAACACAAUGGGCUUUUUCAUUGCUGCAUCUGUCCAGGAACUCAAAAGAGCUUAUUAUUAUUGUACACAAUGCCACAGUGGGAUCACCAAUCCAGAGCUCAUCGCCAAGUGUCAUUGCAAAGGGAAAAGUGUGAAAAAACCAAUCCCAGAUUCUGGAAAGCCAACCAUCUCACGUUGCCAUAUGAGCAGUACAGAUGAAUUUGCAAUGCACUCACGGUCCCUUGGGAUUCUCUCCUUCCUGGAUUUUCACUCCAGCAGUAACAGACCUUCAGAAGACGUAGAAGAAGUAGCCAGUUAUGUGUCACUGGAUGCUACAGGAAUGUUUCAUUGGUGUGAAGCUGUCCCCCUUGAAAAGGCCCUCUUGAAACCCAAAAAGAAGGUAUUUGGUGAUUUCCGUGAUCAUAUUAUAGUCUGUGUUUUUGGAGAUGCCACCUCAACCUUGAUUGGAUUACGCAACUUUGUGAUGCCGCUGCGAGCUAGCAACUUUGCAUUCAGUGAGCUGAAGGACAUUAUCUUUGUUGGCGCUCUUGAAUACCUCCAGCGAGAAUGGGAAUUCAUCCACAAUUUUCCAAAACUUCACUUACUGAAGGGCAGUGCACUAUCUUGUGCAGAUCUGAAGGCAGCUGGCCUCAAGUACUGCAGUGUGUGUGCUGUUCUGUCAGCCAAUACCAGAAAUGCUGUUAAUCAAACACUAGUGGAUUCCAAAUCUAUCUUGGCAACUCUGAAUAUAUGUUUCUUGCAGUUCAAGAAAACUGCAUCAACAGGGCCAAUGAGCGAAGCUGUUGAUUGGUGGAUCCCUGUCAUCACCGAGCUUAAGAUAGCUGCAAAUGCACAGUUCUUUGAACACAGUGGAAUGGGAAAAUCUGACUACUCAAAACGGACUUUCUCAAAACGUUUAUCCAAAGCGACACUAUUUUCUGACAGCUUUUUGGAUUCUCUCUUGUGCACAACCUACAAUAAUUACCAUGUACUGGCUUUGCUUCAGACACUGGUGACGGGUGGGACCAGCCCAGAACUUGAAGAAUAUUUGUCAGAGGAGAUUACACUGAUUGGAAGUGAUAGCAAUGUGAUGUUCUAUGGACCUAGAAACAGAUGUAAACUGGCUCUUUUAACACUAAUAGACAAGCCACAGUCAAUGGAUGGACUAGUGUUCUUAUUUGGGGAUGUGUUCACUAAAGCCCUCGACAUGUAUGGAAUUGUUUGCUUUGGUAUCUACCGCCUGAAAGUCAACCCCAAUCCAUAUGCAUUCAGGAAAGUAUAGUUUGUGAUUGCUCGGCCACCCACCAAUUUUGAGGUCCUCGCUACUGAUCAACUCUUUUGCCUUGUUCCAUACAACAUUUUAUCCAAAGACCUGACAAACGUAGUGAAGGCUAUUCCACCCAAAACACGAAAGAUUGCCUUUCAGAAGGAUGACAGUGAAAGUUUCUUUACAAUUAAAGACAUAUUUCUUUAA